AUGGGUGCCUCUGGGAGCGUCGAAGCUCCAGAUGCCAAUGAACUGAAGCGACUGUUCGACAAACAUGACGUGACACAUUCCGGAAAAUUGGAACGUCAAGAGGCCUAUGCCCUCAUUGAAGACCUUCGGCUGCGCUAUGGAAUGGAUGAAGAGCUUCCGGACUCUUUCAAAGACGCAGUUUUCAAAGAAUUUGACAAGGACAAUGCAGAAACCUGGAGCUGGCACGACGUGCGAGUGUUGAGCGGUGAAGGGUGGCAUGCGAUGCGUCGGCGACUGCAGCGAGUCCGAGUGCGAGGAGGCCAGAGGCACAACCGUGCUCAGCGGCAGAAGGAGAAAACACUGGCAGAAAGUGCAUCUUCUGCUUGGGCAAAGGUGUCCGGUGCUGGCGCUGCGCUUGCGGCAAUGCGAGAUGUUGAGAAGGUGAAAGAUUUGGAGGAGGAAGUCGAACUGUACUUCCACCCGAUGAGGAUCGAGAACAUCUCGAUUGGCCAGGAGGCCUGGACCUUUGCUCCCCAGAUCGACAUGCGCGUCAUCCGUGGAGAUCCGCGGCGCGGACGAGCAGCCCCACACGAGGUGAACGAUGCAAUUUUCAAAGGGCCAUUUGUGGCACAAGUUGUUUCCAACGUACCCCGAGGAACUACACAGGAUCCUACCUGGUCAGAUUCUCUCCAAUUGAUCUUCACGAAAGCACCCGGUCAAAAUGUCCAAAUGACGGGAAAGGCUGGAAUAGCUGGUGGUUGA